CAUAAAAGGGUUUUUUCUCUCUUGGUCUUACCUCUCUCCCCUUGUUUUCUCUUUGCAGCGGCGAAGGGAGGUAGAGAGAGAUAGAGAGAGAAAGAGGCUCUCUCUGCGAAUCGCCCCUCCUUUUCUUCUUCGUUUCUUUAUCCUUAAUCCUUUUACGAACAGAAAAUUAUAUCUUCUUUAAUCUCUGCGAUUCGGCUCUGUUUGUGAGUCGAUUCUAUCUGUUAGCGCUUUUCUUGAUCGAUUGGUUGGCGGCGAUUCUCCAGAUUAGAGAGUGAGAAACCGAGUUAUGCAGGCAGAUCAGACGGUUUUGAGCUUAAGGCCUGGUGGUGGAGCCAAUCGAGGAAGCAGAUUAAUUGCCCCUCGCUUCGACUCUGCUUUCGGCAAUAAUUCUGGUAGUGGCGGUGCUGGUGGUUCCUUUUCUUCGUUGUCAUCCGAUGAACAGUUCCUUCGUCCUCAUGGCGGAGCCCUUCCGACUUCAUCUCUCAAGACUGGUGAUUCACGGUUUGAGUUUCGUGAGCGUGUUCGAUACACCCGUGAUCAGCUGUUGCAGUUGAGGGAGGCUGUUGAUGUGCCUGAGGAUAUCCUGAAAAUCAAGCAAGAAAUUGAGGCUGAAUUUUUCGGUGAAGAGCAGAACUGGGUUCGUGGAGAUGCCAAUCUGCAAUCUCCAUCCCAAAAUCGAUAUACCGAACCAGACAACCGUGACUGGCGUGGACGAUCCUCACAGUUGCAUGCUACUGGUGAGGAGAAGUCCUGGGAUACUAUUCGGGAAACCAAGGAGUUAGCAAGUCGGUUGGAUGCAAGGCAGAUAGAAGCAAAUCAAUAUAACCGCCAAGAUCAACUAAACUCUCAAACUACAGGGCCUGCUCCGGCUCUUGUCAAAGCUGAGGUGCCAUGGUCAGUUCGAAGAGGGAAUCUCACUGAGAAAGAACGUGUCUUAAAGACAGUGAAAGGUAUUUUGAACAAGCUGACACCAGAGAAAUUUGAUAUUCUCAAGGGCCAACUGAUUGAUGCUGGGAUCACUACACCAGAUAUCUUAAAGGGUGUUAUAUCACUUAUUUUUGAUAAGGCAGUACUGGAGCCCACAUUUUGCCCUAUGUAUGCUCAACUCUGUUCUGAUCUCAAUAAAAAGCUUCCACCAUUCCCCUCUGAAGUACCUGGUGGAAAAGAAAUCACAUUCAAGCGUAUACUCUUGAAUAAUUGCCAGGAGGCAUUUGAAGGUUCUGACAAUCUUAGGGCAGAAAUCAGGCAGAUGACUGCCCCUGAACAAGAGUUGGAACGUAGAGAUAAAGAAAGAAUGGUGAAGCUGCGUACCCUUGGAAACAUCCGCCUCAUUGGAGAACUUCUGAAACAGAGGAUGGUGCCGGAAAAGAUUGUUCAUCACAUUGUUCAGGAGCUUUUGGGGCACGAUGGGAAAACAUGUCCAGCUGAGGAGAAUGUUGAAGCCAUAUGCCAUUUCUUCAAUACCAUUGGGAAGCAGUUGGAUUCGAGCCUAAAAUCUAAGCGUAUCAAUGAUGUCUACUUUAGCCGAUUGAAGGAAGUGGCAACAAAUCCUCAGUUGGAACCAAGGUUAAGGUUUAUGGUCCGUGAUGUUCUGGAUCUACGGGCCAAUAACUGGGUUCCCAGGCGUGAGGAGGUGAAAGCUAAGACCAUCACUGAAAUUCACUCAGAGGCGGAGAAGAAUCUUGGGUUGCGCCCUGGUGCAACUGCAAACAUGAGAAACGGUCGUGCUGCUGGUGCUCUAGGGGGAGUCAACCCUGGAGGGUUCCCUAUUAACAGACCUGGCUCUGGAGGAAUGAUGCCCGGAAUGCCUGGUACCAGGAAGAUGCCUGGGAUGCCUGGGAUGGACAAUGACAAUUGGGAGGUUCCCCGUACUCGUUCAAUGCCAAGGGGUGAUGGUCAGACUAUGCAGUCUGGUUGUGUCCAGUCCCCCUUGAUUGGGAAACCAGGUUCUUUUAACUCGAAGCUGCUGCCUCAGGGUAGUGGAGGCCUGAUAACUGGCAAGACAAGUGCGCUAUUGGGUAGUGGUGCCCCUCCUGCACGUCCUUCUAGCCUUGUUUCAGGCUUAGAUCCUGUUGCUCAGAGCCCUGUACCUGUGAGGCCUGUUCCAGCACCGUCAGCAGUUCCAGUUCCAGUUCCAGCUCCAGCUCCUGAGAAGGCAUUGGCUCCUCAAAUGAGAGCAAAUCCUGCUGAGCUUCAGAGGAAAACGAUCUCUCUUUUGGAGGAAUUCUUCCAUGUUCGCCUCUUGGAUGAAGCAUUACAGUGUGUGGAGGAGCUGAAAGCCCCAUCCUACCACGCAGAGGUGGUCAAGGAAGCUAUCAAUCUUGCAUUGGAGAAGGGCCCAGUCUGUGUAGAGCUGGUCACAAAGCUCUUGGAUUACUUGUUCACAAAGAAGGUUCUGAUGUGCAGGGACAUUGGUACUGGGUGUCUUCUCUAUGGUUCAAUGUUGGAUGACAUUGCUAUUGAUUUACCAAUAGCACCCAGCAGUUUUGGUGAGGUUGUGGGGAAGAUGGUCUUGGCUGGUGGUUUGGACUUCAGUGUGGUGAAGGAGAUUCUGAAGAAGGUUGAGGAGCCCCGGUUCCAGAAAGCUAUUUUUGAUGCUGUCAUGAGGACUGUCAGUUCUAGUCCUUCUGGGCAAGGAAUACUCGGCACGCAGGGUGCUGAUAUUCAAGCCUGUGAGGCCUUGCUCUCUUGAUCAUAUUGGAGUUGUAAUCGUGCGGUUCUCGUCAAGCCAUUGUAACCUUGAAACCAGUUAUUCCGUUCCGCUUUAAAAUUUAUUUUAUGUUUUACCCUUUCACCCCCUUUUCAGGCGAUCAACUUGUGUUAAAAUAUGUGAUAAGCCAGAGCUGCGAAGAACCCUUAAAUUUAAUUGAGUUGUAUAUUUUUUUUUUUUGAGGUCAUAUGAGUGUUUAGCGAAGCGAGAAUUAUACAAAAUGCCAUGGAUUUACUAUCUAGUGUGGCUAAAUUUUACCCACCACUAGAUGCUGUUGAUGAACAAGGUAUCUGUUUAAUUUAUGGUGUAUCAGAUUUUGUUAUUA